UGUAUUUUUCCCAAUACAAGGGAGUGUCCUAUUGAUCGGAAGUUCAUAGAAAAAUGCAAUACUUUUUAAUUUAAUCAAAACAAAGCCAGCAUCGACUUCUCCAAUUAGAGCCCAUCCGAUUAGACGAACGUCCUGCUUUGGAGUAACCAAAAUAAACCCAGCCAACUGAUUCCCUUGCGAUCCGAGGGAGCCGGCCGGUGCCAUCAUUGUUCUGUUCUGCCUUGGUGACGACACCGUUCUUGCCCCGGAUAAAGUAGCUGAUCUAAAAAUGGAGUGGACGCGAGAGAAGACACUGCUGCUGAUCAGUGAGUACCGAUGUCGCCGAGGUCUGUGGGAUAUGACUUGCGAUGAGUACCGAAAGAAGGACGUCAAGCAGCGGCUACUGACCGAAGUAAGUCAGGUUCUGGGCGGGAAUAUCCCCGUCAACGAGCUGGAAAAGAAGUUCCACACACUGCGAACACAGUACCAUCGCGAGAUUAGUCGCAUGAAACGCAAGGAACCCUACAACUCCAAGUGGUUUGGCUUCAAGAACCUAGUGUUUCUCAGCUCCCCCUACGCGUGUCGAUCGACCAAAGGCCGCUUGAAAACAGAUCUGCAAGGCGACGACCGGAAGUUCGGCUUAGGCGAGGUUGCUCCGGAUAACAACAGCAAUAGCAGCACUCCAGCACAAAAUAAUACAGCUACCAUGAAUGAGGAUUAUAUGCGCAAGAGCCACGCAAGCAGCAGGGCCCAGGAGCUGGAGAAGCUUAUAGAAGAGACAACCAAAGAUGUGGAUGACAUCGACGAACCCGAACUGGAGGACUCGGACGCCAAGCCGAAAAUAAAUAAAGACCUAAAUGUGCGAUAUGUUAACCUUCAGGAGGCGGAGGAACCGGAAUCUAUCGAUCAUCACCAGCAUCAGCACCAGCCGUCUUUGAUGGAAAUGGAGACGGUCAGCUUCCAGGCGAACGAGAGUGGAGAACUACACUACCAGUCAAAUCCGGGCCAGAACCCUGGGAGCAAUUCUGUGCACGUUACUGUGCCCACUAGAAUAAUAAAAAUCCAAAGAAGGGAUAACAGUACGCAUGAUGAUUCCUACUAUGAUGAGACGCCCCAUCAGCUCCAUCCGAAUCCGCCGAAGAGACUGUAUUAUGAAACUAGUGCGCCACAUAAUACUUCCACUAUUAUUUCACCCUCCCUGGAAUCCUCUGCGAAUGGAACAACCAGCAGCGUGCUGACAGCGACUCCUGGUAUUUCAAUGAGCAACCUGCGACUGCCGAAAGUUAACACCCCUCUGACACCUAAGCCAGCCGGCGGCGGUAAUGUUCCCAGCCCGCCAUCGCCGACAAUUGUCAGCCUUCCGGCGCAGCGCGAUGAGUUUGCCACAUACGGCGAGUACGUGGCCAAUGAGAUGAGGGCGAUUAGCAACCGAGAGGUUCUUAUCUCCCUGAAGCACAAGAUCAACACGGCCAUCUUCGAGGCCAACAUGGCCGAGUUGCAUAAGUAAAAUGUAAAUCCUAGCUAGUAUUUAGCUAGUUUUCAACUUUAAUAUUAAGUUCAAAAUGCAAUGUGUCCUCUUGUCUUUGUCCUUUGACCUUUAUUCUCAUUUGAAUUUGUACAUUUUACACAUAUUUAACGAUUUAAUUACUUAAGCCAAAUAUAAAAUAUAGCAAAAUUUUAAAAAUUA